CUCUCCCUAAGUUCUUUCAAUCCUCCUCAACUUCACCUCAUAUAUCUGCGUGACAUCACAACCUAAAUCACCCCGAUAAUAGACUUUCUGGAGAUAACAAAACUCUAUCGACAGCGGAGUACCAAGAUCCAAUCUGGGCGACACACCCCCGCAGUCAGUCUCCAUCUUUGGACCCUCUCUCUGCUCAUGAGAGAAACCCCCAAGCUCUUUUAAGUCAUCCUCAGUCCCUCCCUGAGCAUCUCCCCAUAAGAGCUUGGCCGAAGCAGAACUUCCUAGUCUCUCUUCACACUGCUCGCUGGCCUGUACCUGCGCUACUUUUGCCUUCGCUUCUGCCAUCCCCGUCCACCUCGAAGGGGGGAUGGCCCAUACGGAGAUCGUUCCAUUUGAAGACAAGAAGACUGACACGCGUUACUCGAACUCACCCAUCCCGGUGCGAGAAGGCAACAACUUUGACUACGAUGGCAGAAGAACAUUCAACCCCCGAGACGCCUUCAGGCAUGAAGGAGGCAUGAUACAUCCCAGCAUGUCUACCCAACAGGCCGAAUCCUGGGAGGAGCACCAUCCAACCCCCCCUAUUGCUGUUCCCUAUCCUGGAGACAAGCAUCCCGAUCACGAAUCUUACCAUGAUGGCUCACCUUACGAAGAACAUUCAUCGUCCCUUGAGGAUUUUACUCGAAACAGGCGGACGUCUAUCAGUUUUAACCCGGAGGUCACCCUUGACUGUGGCACUCACCAUGCCUUGGAUGAACCCCUGAGGAACCUACGUCUUAGGGAGCGAGCCGCUGUGGAAUCACCUUGCAGUGGUGACAGUAGCGAAUCCGGAGAAAACCAGGCGGGCAGCUCCCACGAGUACCACCCUGCUGCUGCCCGUCCGUUGUUCCCACGAGGCUUCUCGCAGCAAACCUUGGGAUCAUCGGCUUCUGACAGUUUCUCUGUCGAUACAGAAUUACCUCGUGCUUCGUCUCUAACAUCGCUGUCCACCGCUUCGCCGGUCACGGACGAACUACGAACACCCCCAGACGGGCGUCGAGAUGUUUAUAUCCCGACAUUGCCCUGCUCUCCUUUGUCCCACCCGCAUUCCUUGGAUGGAGCGGAAGGAUGGUUUGGGAGAUACGGCCUUGGUGGCAAAGCGCGGAGCUACUCAGGUAGACCCGGCAGCUUACGACUUCGUCAUGGGUCUCGAAGACCCACAACCUCCGGUGGCAAAUCUCCCGCCAGUGCUUUUUUGUCGAUGUUUGGCCGUGAAGCGUCCGCACCGAAACCCGACGAUGAGGGACAGUUGGUUGGGACGGAUUAUGUUCUUGGCAAAACUAUCGGUUAUGGAGGUUUUAGCACUGUCAAGGAGGUUUUCAAGGUCAAUGACGAUGGCCGGACAGAACGCCUCGCGGUCAAGAUUGUAAAGAAGAACCUUGUCGGGCAGUCUGAAAGACAAAAUGAACAGUUCCAAGCCGAGUUCGACCACGAAGUGCGAGUGUGGAGAUACCUAAACCAUCCUAAUAUCUUGCCGCUCGAGGCGGUCUAUGAAACAGAUUACGCUACAUUCUGCUUUACUCGAAUGACAAACGGUGGCACCUUGUUCGACCUCGUCAAAAAGCACCACCGCGAAGGUCUCAGGAUGGACCAGGCGAAGCAUUACGCCUAUCAGCUGGCAUCUGCCAUUAGAUAUCUGCAUGAGGACGCUCGCGUGGUCCAUCGGGAUGUGAAGCUUGAGAACUGUCUUCUCCAUUUCAAAGACCCCAACGAUAAGGAGGCGCUCGGCAAGCUGUACCUCUGUGACUUUGGGAUGUCUGAAUGGAUGAUGGCAGACACCAGCGUCAAUGCUCCUGCCCCCUACGGUGAUGCUGCCGAUCGACCACCGCCAAAGAAUAUCGGCCCAUCGAACAUGAGUACAAGCAUCGCCGGCGGUGUGGGAGGAAGUCUCGAGUAUGCUGCACCGGAGUUGAUCAUGUCAAAAGAAGGAGUACUUGAGCCGGCCGCUGACAUAUGGGCUCUCGGAGUUAUUGUUUUCGCUCUUGUGGCCGGUUCCCGACCUUUCGAUCACUCCUUCCAACCCAAGGUGCAAACGAAUAUUGUGCAUGGACGAUGGGAUAGGGGCGCUGUUUUCAAGGGUGAACAAGAACUUGAGCAACGCAACGAUGCGCUGGCUUUGAUUCAGGGAUGCCUUGAGCUAGACCCAAUGAGGCGCUGGACGAUCGCCGAUGUCAUGGAGUGUCGGUGGUUUGAUGAAUACGUUGAAAGAGUCGAAGAACAUAUUCCUCCACAGUGGAAGUACUAGACUUGACUUCCCCUUACUUCUACACUUUACCUCUUUUUCUUUUACGAGAGUUAUGGACUUUUUUACGGAGCAAGAAUUGCAAGGCGUCUUGGCUUGUUUUACUGAUGCUUGGCCUGGGAUCGGGGACGGGCGGUUUCGUUGAUACCCUCCAAAUGAUACCUUGGCGUGCUCUUUUUUCUCGCUACUCUCCCGGGAGCAUUGUCUGGGGUUCGACGGGAUUGGUCAUCUUUGUUUUUGUUUUUGUUUUUGUUCGGCCCUUUUUGCGGAGUCAUUUUUCAAAGUUUAAAGCUUGUUUUCCUUUCCCUUGCUCAUAAUCCUAUAUUGCCUUGUCACCCUAUUUGCUAUCUAUGGGGGGUGGUUGGAGUUUGUCUUAUUGAUAUCCUUUUCGGCAAGGUCUGCAUGCUCCUGGCUCCGUUUCCAUUGUGCGAUUAAUAUCCUCCUUUUUCAAUCUUUGUCUAGGUGGGUUUAUCUACUUUGGUGGCAUGGAGUUGGUCGCCUUUUUUUUUUUUUUUUUUCGGGUAUUAUUUGAUCAACUGGGAUUACAAGCCCAUAUAUUUCCGCCUUGCAGUUUUGCUAUUGUUCAGGUGGCGCUUGAUGAUAAUGUCUUACAUUUCCUGAAGUUUUCACUUCCUAUCAGUUGUGGCCCUGUUCUUGUUUUUUGAUACGUUUUGUUUUCUAUUUCUGUGUAUGGCGUCCUGGUGGCUGGCUUUCAUGUUUUGCAUCGCUGGAUUCAUGCAUGUCUGGCAUCUCUUAUGGGGAACUUUUAUGGCCAAUAACUGUACCAGUAUGCUGCUAUUAUGCAAUUGCUA